UUUUCAAAGGAUUUUAGUUUAAAGGCAUGGUAUUAAGAUUUUAUAAGACAACGAACAUAAUAUUUUAAUGAAGAAUUAGUUAUUGGGAUUGGCGGAUUUGGUAAGGUAUACAAGGGGUUCAACGACAACGGUGCUACAGCUGUUGGAGUAACCAUUUAUUAUAUCUUCAUUUUAUUUUAUUUUUCUUUCAUAUUUGAAAUUAUGAUCCACAUCCCCUCAAUGUUAAAAAUUUGUUGAUUUCAUCGAAUUAAAUGACCGUUGUACAUGUAAUUUGAUUAAUAAAAUUUGCAAUCAAAUAUAAGGUUGUGAAUCCAUGAAUUAACAAUUUGAAUCAUAUGCUAUAAUUCUACUAAUCAAACAUGCACUUAUAGUUUCAAGGGAGAUGAGGGUUGUCAAGGAGGAAGAGAGAGGGGGUCACCAAUGAAGAAAAGGAUUUGCAGUAGGGGAUGGGAACCGGAGGAGGUGACAGAAGGGGGAGCUACCAAAGGAAGGUUGUUGGAGUGGGGGUCCAAAGGGUAGAGUUAGAAUAAUGGUGGCUGCUCAUUAGUCCACUUCCAAUAUUUUCUGUAUAAAAAGAUGACUAAAAAAAGUCAAAUUGUAUAUUAUUUUUUUGGUCCUUGACCUUUUCCCGUUGAUAAUAAUAAUAAUAACAAUAAUACAGUAAUAAUUUUAAUUCUACAUUAAACAUCACUACUAAAAGGAUACAGAUGAAAUAUCAUUUUGCUCCUUAAACUUUUUCGCAUUUUUUUAAUUUGACCUGCGGAUUUUGAUUAAUAUCAAUUUUACAUUCAAACUUUCAAAAUUUUGAUAAAUUUGACCUGUCAUCACAUUUCAUUUACAAUUGGACGGAAUGUGUUGACGUAACACUAAAGUUCAUUUGAAAUUUCAUUGUACUCCUCAAACUAUACCUUAAAAAUCAAUUAGCCCUCCACAUCAGCACAUUCCAUCCAAUUAUUGGCGAAAUGUUAUAACAGGGGCCAAAUUUAUCAAAAUUUUAAAAGUUUGAAUGUGAAAUUGAUAUUAAUCAAAAUAUAGAAGUCAAAUUAAAAAAUACAUGAAAGUUUAAUGGGCGAAAUGAUAUUUUCCGAUACAACGCAAAUCAUAGGGCAAAACAUUGAAGUCAAUGUUUCAAAAAGAGAGCAGAGGACAGUUUGAUUGAUUAAUACCGUUUCAACCAGAGAGCACUUUGUCUUUCUCGUCUCUGAAAACUCAUCUUUGAACAUCACUAGAGAUCUGAAUCCAGUGUAACUGCCACAUUCUUUGAUAUAUAUAUAUCCCCCAAAGCUCAAGAUAUGUCAGGUUUAGACGGUGAGGAUGCGAUUUCAACAACGAACAACUUUAAUAAAGAAUUAGUUAUUGGGUUUGGUGGAUUUGGUAAGGUAUAUUAAUGGGUUCGUUGACAAGUCGUCGGUGUGCUACAUUGACCGCGACUUACAUUAACUCCUGUUUCAAUCAGAGACCACUCUUUGUUUCUUUCUCAUCUCUAAGAACUAAUCUUUUUUUAUCAUCUUCUAGUGUUACUGGUAUAUUCUUUCAUAUAUUCUGAUCAUCUUUUUUGAUCAUCUUCUAAAACACUCAUCUUUUGUUUCAUAUAUUUUCCGAUACAACACAAAUCAUACGGCAAAAAUUCAUCUUUUUUCAUCAUCUUCUAGGGUUACUGGUACCAAAUAUCAAAGAUAUGUCUGAUUUAAGUGCUGAUGAUGCAAUUUCAAGCGUUGUGAUUAAAUCUGAGUACCCAUGCCGUUGCUUUUCACUAGCUGAGAUACAAUCAAUGACCAACAAUUUUAAUGAAGAAUUAGUUAUUGGGAUUGGCGGCUUUGGUAAGGUAUACAAGGGGUUCAUCGACAAUGGUGCUACAGCUGUUGCCAUAAAGAGGUUGAAAGCAGAGUCCAAUCAAGGCGCAGAGGAGUUCUGGAAUGAGGUCAAGAUGUUGUCUAAGCUCCGACAUACACAUCUUGUUUCUCUGAUCGGCCAAUGCAGCGACUGCAAAGAAAUGAUCCUUGUUUACGAAUACAUGGCUCGUGGGACCCUAGCCGAUCAUCUCUAUAAAACCAGUAGAAACCAGACUGAAAUUAGUACUUUUCAUCUCACAUGGGAGCGAAGGCUCAACGUUUGCAUCGGUGCAGCACGAGGGUUAGACUACCUUCAUUCUGGUACCGAUCAAAAGGUUCAAGGAGUCAAAAUCAUUGCAACUCUGGAAAGAAGCUAGGGUUGAGAUUGAGGUACUCUCCCUAAUCGACAGUCACCCCCACAUAGUCUCUUUAAUUGGAUUCUGCUAUGAGAAACCAGAGUUAAUCCGCGUGCAUGAUUACAUGACAAAUGGAUCCUUGGAAGAUCAUUUAUUCAAAAUAA